AUGCCAGGUCGCCGUAAAGCUUCCAGAACGGCCCCUUUGCCAAGCUCUGACAAUGAGGAAAUCGAGAGUCAGUCGCCGAAGCACGCUGAGUCGACACUACGUACGUGCCAUCCCACUGCUGCGUACUAUCUGGCCGUGUUUGGUAAUAUCCUGGGUCAUAGCGCCGCGUCCAGCAAAACUUCGAGCACUAGAGAAACGCGCAAGUCGAGCAAGAAGUCAGACUCGGGACAAGCAAGCAGUGCGAAUACAGUCAAGCCCAGUCCUUACAACAAGAAUACAAAGCAUAACGCACCAAACAUCGAUGUGGACGCAGACUCGGACACCGACAUUGUAUACCCAACACAGCAGGAUACACCUUCUUCGCCGUUUCAAUCCGGUGCAAAGUCCGGCAAGGCUCCGCUUCAGGUAUACAAGGACUCGGCGUCCAAGGCGACAUUGAAGCGUCAAGACACUUCGCGGCGCAAGCCCGUCAAGAUCAUCGAGCCUGAAGGGUCGGAUUCUUCGGAGCAAAGUGGCGGCAGUGAUGAGGACUCGGAUUCGGAUGAGGGAGGUUGCCAGACUCGAGGUCGAAAGAAGGACACCGGCGACGACCAGUCUGAGGAGAGUAGUGAGGAAGGCAGAGAAGAAAACGAAGAUGGAGAUGGUCUGAAUGUGAAGUCUGACGCGCAGCUUGAGGAGUUGCUGUCCGCAGAGGCUGCCCACCUGGUCAACUCAGACGUCGCUGAAGAUGAGUCUUAUCUCUACAAUGCCGCAACAACUCCAGAUCCCCGCCUGUCAGAGUCCCCCGCUCCUUCGCACCUGUUUCCUCAGAGUCUCAAUCGUCGAUCUUAUAUCCCAUCCCCACCUCCUGCCACGCCUUCGCGAGGAGCAUCGCCAAAGCUGGCUGCCAGCAAUCGGACCAAGAAGACCCAUGGUGGGCAUUCGCGGCCUCGUUUAGAUGCGGAACCCACUCCUCGCCCCUCAAGAUCUCAGUCGGCCGCUUUGAACGGUUCACAACUCACCUCGACCUCGAGUCGAAAGCGCACACAAAACGCCGAAGAAGCUGAUUCCUCACCGGUUCGUCCAGUGAAGAAGGGAAAGGCAGUGAGCUACUUCAUUCUGCAUUACUCCACGCGAUCAGAGUUUCAUGUCACUAUGCCACAGACCCACAAGAGUUCGUCUUCAACCACCAAUGAAGCUGGUCCAUCCAAGCGGACGUUGAAGACUACGCUGCAGUCAAAGCCUCGACAAGUUGUUAGUGCUCCGAAGAAGGUCAACGCGAAGCGCUCCGAUACCGAGCGACCUCGACAGAACGCUCACGCCUCGUCUAAACGACGGCACAGAAGUGACGAGGAGCCGCAGUUCAUCGAGAAUUCUGACAGUGAACCAGAACCUGUAUCAAAGAAAGCGAAGAUGUCUCGCUCUCUGAACGCUGAGAGCGACGAUGGCCUUGAUGACAUCGAACUUGUGCGCAGUAGCGGCGGCAAAUUUAACCUCAACGACCAACCACAACGCGUUCAGACGAUCGCCCAAGCGAUGAUCACUCAGAUCGAGUAUUAUCUUCUGCUCAAAAACGCCUUCCCAGACGGCAUGGAGAAGUAUAAUCGGCGGAUCCUCAUCAAGUGCGCUGAGGCUCAGAACGACAAGGCUAUUCUGAAGAGGAUCAAAUCGGAUUCGAAGUACGCUCACAACGUUGCCUCAAUUGCCGCACAGAGAGUGCCGAUCUUCCGUGGCCGGGUCAAAUCUAUACUCAGAGCUGGCGUAUUCAACCUCGGGCACAGUGACGUCGAGAAGCUUGAUUGGCUCUUGAAAAAGGAUCACUUCAUGUUUCGUUUCAAUCUGGAUACCAUGAUUGCGUAUGGAGGUGAACCAUUCGGGGAUCCUAUCUACGCAUCUGUGCUGCACACUGCCUUCUUCGAUCACGCAACUAGUAUCGGAUACUCAAUGCUCGAUUGUCUCGUCUCGUCAGACCCGAGUAGGCCUGACGAGAAAGAGAUCCCUGCUCCGAUGCUCGCCCUGGUUGCCACCGCCGUCUUCGCCUCGUUGCAGUUUUUGAGGUCGUACAUCAAGGACUUCAAUGGCAACGUAUUCGUGCUCAAAUACGAAGACGCUAUCGCACGGCUCAACAAGAUCCGCGCAGAGAGUCUCGACAAAUACCACAUGCUAAUGCAUUCAUUGUUCCUCAAGGCGACGAGCGGGAGAGCAGGACUUCUCAGAGGCGCUCCUUUGCCUGACGAUGAUAUUCUCGACAUCUCGGCCAUGCCCUCUUCGAUCUAG